AUGUUCAAGCCGCCAUCGCGGCCGCCUUCGUCCGAGAGAACGGUGCUGGAUUCGGGGCCAGAUACCAGCAGCAGCAGCAAACGGAGCAAAGGCGAGGGAGAUGUGGCGCCAGAACUUGGUCAAGCAGCAAGCGAACAAGACCAAGACCCAAACGCGCAGCCGUACAUCACUGGGUUCAAGCUGUUGAUCAUCGUUACGUGCCUUACGUUGAUCCUCUUUCUGGUCAUCCUCGACACAUCCAUCAUCUCGACCGCCAUACCGCAAAUCACGAACGAGUUCCGCUCGCUGCAGGAUGUCGGUUGGUAUGCCUCGGCUUACUCGGUAGCCUCGGCCGCCCUGCAGCCCCUGACGGGCAAGAUCUACCAGAAGUUCAGCCUCAAGUGGUCGUUUCUCUGGUUCCUGACCGCGUUCGAGAUCGGCUCUCUGCUCUGCGGAGUGGCGACGUCGUCGACGAUGCUGAUCGUCGGUCGUGCUGUUGCCGGAAUGGGGACAUCCGGUAUCUUCACCGGCGGACUCGCCAUCGUCACGGCCUGCGCCCCCCUUGACCGGCGCCCGGCCCUGAUCGGGCUUAUGAUGGGGGUCUCGCAGAUCGGCAUGGUCAGCGGGCCGCUGAUCGGAGGUGCCCUGACUCAGUACUCGACCUGGCGCUGGUGCUUCUACAUCAACCUGCCCGUCGGCGGCGUGGCCGCCCUCUACCUCAUCCUGAUCUCCCUGCCCGAGCAGACCAGGAAGGAGCCCGCACUCUCCGUCCUCCCCUCCCUGUACCGCCACCUGGACCCGGUCGGCUUCGUCCUGAUGGCCCCGGCCACCAUCCAGCUGCUGCUCGCACUCGAGUUUGGAGGCACGCGGUUCCCGUGGAACUCGGCGACCGUCAUCGGCCUCUUCUGCGGCGCGGCCGGCACCUUCGCGGUGUGGUUUGCGUGGAAUUGGCACCGGGGCGACGCGGCGCUGGUGCCCAUGUCCAUUUUCUGGCGGCGCACCGUGUGGGCGUCGGCCGUCAUGCAGAUGAGCCUGUCGGCGGCGCUGCUGUGCACCAGCUACUUUCUGCCCAUUUACUUCCAGGCCGUUAUGGGCGCGUCGCCGCUCACCUCGGGCGUCUACCUGCUUCCUAGUGUCCUGUCCCAGGUGCUUGGCGUCGUUGUGUCUGGGUUUCUGGUUCAGAGGACGGGAUAUGUCGUGCCGUAUGCGCUUGCUUCGGCCGCCAUCGCCGCUGUGGGCACCGGCCUGUUCUCGCUUUUCUCGCCCACCACGUCGACGGGCAUGUGGGUUGGGAUACAGAUUCUCGCUGGUGUCGGCCGUGGAAUUGGACUGCAGAUGGGCAUGCUCGCUGUGCAGACGGUCCUCAGCACCGAGGAGACGUCAAUUGGGUUCGCACUGCUCAUGUUUGCGCAGUUCAUCGGCUCGUCCGUCUGGAUGGUCGUCGCUAGCACCGUCUUCAACCAGAGCCUAGCGAGCGAGCUGGCGGCAAACAUACCAGAGACAGACCCCGGGCGUAUUAUUGCUGUGGGCGCCACGGGAUUCCGCCAGCUCCCGGAUCUCAGUCCAGAGGACAUCACUGCGAUCCUCUGGUCGUAUGCCAACGCCACGGAUCGCACUUUCUACGUACCGGCCGCCAUCGCCGCGUUGGCGUUUUGUGUGGCGCCGUUUAUGGGGUGGGUGGAUUUGCGGAGGAAAUAUCCCGAGGCUGGGACUGUUGUCGAGGUCUGA